GGUUCCUUCUCUUGCUCUGUCCGGAUGAAGAAGGCAGGUGGGCGUCAGAGGUCACACCAAUGCCCCGCCAUGAAUCCCUUCUCCUCCUUCUCCAUUAAAGCCCUCCCUCUCCUUCUCCUCCUCCUCCUCCUCCUCCACUCCUCCUCUGCCCUCGUCCACCUCCGCGCCUCCUCCUUCUCCUUCUCCUUCCUUGACGCACCUGCCCGCUUCGUUUUCUCAGCUGUUCCUGUGGGUGAUCGUGGGGUCUGUGGCGCUCUCCACAUCGCUGAUCCCAUUGAUGCGUGCUUGCCGAUUGGGGAUUUUCAAUUGAGCGCUUCGGCGGAGUCUCAGUCGCGCUCUCACUCGAGGUUUGUUCUUAUUGAGAGGGGUGCUUGUAGCUUUGAGGAGAAGGUUAGGAACGCGCAGAACGGUGGUUUUGGUGCUGCCAUUGUUUACGAUAACCAGGAAAAGAGCGGCCUUUAUUCUAUGAUUGGAGAUCCGACAGGCAUACAUGUUCAUGCAGUAUUUGUUUCAAAGAUGGCUGGUGAGACCCUAAAAAGGUUUGCUCAAGGCGAGGAAGGAGAAUGUUGUAUAGGUUCUUCUAUGAAUGAAACUGCAGGAACAGUGCUGGUGAUCUCCUUUGUGUCGCUUGUAGUCAUAGUAUCAGUUCUUGCAGCAUUCCUGUUUGCUCGUAACUGUAUUCUUUUGCGGCAAGUUGCACAACGCCGUCCUUCUAGUAUGAACAAAGAGGCUGUUGAGGUAUUUCCUUGUUUAACAUUCAGUACUUCCUUCUUGAAUAGCAAAUGCACUGCAGAGACCUGUGCUAUUUGCCUUGAAGAUUACAAGGAUGGAGAGAGACUAAGAGUUCUUCCUUGCAAUCAUGAAUUUCAUUCAGCAUGCGUAGACUCGUGGCUGACGAAAUGGGGCACUUUCUGCCCGGUUUGCAAACAUGAUUUGAGCUCUGGCGAAUAACUUCAUGGCCAGGAAAAUAAGGAUGUGUAUCGAGAAAAUAAGAGUCUGUAUUCUCCAGUGAAUUAGUUAUUCUUCCGAGCAUUGUCGGGAAAUGGUUACUCAUUCUGUAUUAUUAGCUUUGAGCUUAGCUCCAUGAAAAUCAUUUUUCCGAUUUCGGUUC